CCCCGACCCCAGGCUGUGUUUGACUGCGUGGUCAACUCGCUGAAGAACGUCCUCAACAUCCUCAUCGUCUACAUGCUCUUCAUGUUCAUCUUCGCCGUGGUGGCCGUUCAGCUCUUCAAGGGCAAAUUCUUCUACUGCACCGACGAGUCCAAGGAGUUCGAGAAGGACUGCAGGGGGGAGUACCUGGUCUACGAGAAGAACGAGGUGAAGGCGCAGAGGAGGGAGUGGAAGAAAUACGACUUCCAUUACGACAACGUGCUCUGGGCGCUGCUCACCCUCUUCACCGUCUCCACCGGGGAGGGGUGGCCGCAGGUCCUGAAGCACUCGGUGGACGCCACCUACGAGAACCAGGGCCCCAGCCCCGGGUACCGCAUGGAGAUGUCCAUCUUCUACGUGGUUUACUUCGUCGUCUUCCCCUUCUUCUUCGUCAACAUCUUCGUGGCUUUGAUCAUCAUCACCUUCCAGGAGCAGGGGGACAAAAUGAUGGAGGAGUACAGCCUGGAGAAGAACGAGAGGGCGUGCAUCGACUUCGCCAUCAGCGCCAAGCCGCUGACCCGGCACAUGCCGCAGAACCGCCAGAGCUUCCAGUACCGCAUGUGGCAGUUUGUGGUGUCCCCUCCCUUCGAGUACACCAUCAUGGCCAUGAUCGCCCUCAACACCAUCGUCCUCAUGAUGAAGGUCGGUGUCCUCCCCUCCCCUCGGGGACCCUUUGGGGUCUCACCCCAUCCCCUCUGCCCGGCCCGGCUCCUCGUCCCCCCAGGAUCCCUUUGUGGCCCCUUCCUGUCCCCUUUGUGGCCCCUUUCUGUCCUCUCCCUGUCCCCUUCAGUUUGUGGUGCCUCUGGGACCCCUCCUUGUCCCCAU